AUGAAGGAUGCAGAGCUUCUUCAUUUCUUCAUUUCUGCCGUCGCCGCCGUUCGUUCCUUCCUCUUCAGUCGCCGUCGCCGCCCUUCGUUCCUUCCUCUUCAGUCGUCGUCGCCGCCGUUCGUUCCUUCCUCUUCAGUCGUCGCCGCCGCCGGUCAUUCCGUCUUCUCCACCUUGAUGAACAAUGUAUACUGUGUGAUGACAAAACCAAAUGGGGCUCUUCUACCUAAAUUUGCAAUGUUGAGCAAUUUGAAACUUGGCUUUGUUAGUGUUGAAGUUUUGUUGGGCUUAAUUCAAAACGCUCCUGCUCUCAAUACUCACUUUUCAAGGUUGGGAAUAUUGAAAUUCAACCAUGAGCUUCUUAACUCUGCUGCUGUGCCAGAUUGUUUGACAUCCAGUCUCCAAGUUGUGAAAUUUGGAUAUGUCCGUGGAUACGAGCAUGAGCUUUUAUUAGCUAAAUAUUUAACAACCUAUUCAAGCUCUCUUCAUCCUUCGUCGUCCUCUCUUCAUCAAACUGUAAUUUACAUUCAGGCUCAAGUCAAGACAGUUGUGGCUGGAAAAGGAGAUAAGAAUUAUCGAUUCUUCCAUAACUCCAUGAAGUCCAGGAUUAGAUGUAAUUCUAUAUCUAUGUUGGAGGGGAAUGAGGGUAGAGUGGAAGGUGCAAAUGAUAUUAAAGAGGCAAUCAAAGUGAAUUUUGAGGACUUCUUCAAAGAAACCAAGUUUAAUAGAUCAGUCCAUGAGGAUUUAGAAUUCAAGAAGUUUAAUGCUCAUGAUAGGAGUUGGUUAGAAAUACCUUCACCGUAG